GUUUAUUAAAGCUUUUGUUGUUUUGUUUUCAGCUAAACGCAGCAGUAAUUUUAGAUUUGGACAUCAAAUCAACCUGAGAGACGGGACAUCCCUCUAAUUGCAAGUGUUUUUAGUUCCCAUAUUCCUCUGGUGCUGAUCUUCACUUCCCCUCCCCCUCGCACACAGAAGUGUUUGCUGGUUCUUGAAACCUGUGUGUCACGGGCGCUCCGCAGCUCCGCGCUUCCUGAGCCAGAAUCUCUUGAGACAAGACUGUAUGUGUUUUUGAACGAAGAUGCGGGAGGUUUGGAUUAUCUACACGAUCCUCUGGUUCUGGGAGUCUGGUCACACUGAUGUGAGGACAAACAUGCAGAUGUCCCCCGUAAAACAAGGGAUUGGUCUGUUGUGUCUGGUUGUUGGCUUGGCGGAGUUCAGCUCUUCAAAUAUGAUCAAAUGUAGUUCUUUGAAGACGCCCAGUGAAACACGUUACACCGUCCCAGAGUUUACAGCAACCCACUGUUUAUACGUCUGGACUAACGGGACUGGCCAUGUGUUGGCUAACAAGGAUGAUAAGCUCGAUGAGGUAGUGGUAACGUCAAACUCCACUGAAAUCAUCACCUAUAAGUGUUAUGAAGAGAUGAGGUAUAAGCGAAGCUGCGCCUCUGAGGGAAGAAUGGUCGAGGCAUUCUGCAACAUGACGUGCUCUGAAAGUGUGGAUCUUCAUAACACAGAAGGGACUUCUCGCUCGAGGACACGCAUCAUUACUGCAGUUGUCUCUCUGGUGGUGAUAGUCAUUGCCACACUUUGCUUCUUUUUCAAUCUCCACAGGUGGAGGGAAAAGCGUUACGCUGCUGUGAAGAAAGAGAACCAGCAGCUUGGCACAGAGAAGACAGAAGUGAUCUCCACAUAAACAUUUUUCUUUUCAUCAACAUUCAGUAUGCUUUGAACUGAAUUAUAUUUUUUCAUACAAGCAAUUGAGCAGCUUUAACCCGUUACCCAUCAGUGGUCAUACUGAUGAAUAAUCUGUUUUAGGUCAUUAUUUUAUUACUGAUACAAAUGUGUGAAUGUCCUUUCAUUGUCCUUCAUUGUCCUGCUGCAGGAACCAGUUUUAAUCAAACUUUAGCUGUUGAGUAGGUGGUCUAAUGUUUGACUCUAUGAAGCUCUGGGGCACAGAGUUCAUGGCUGACUCGGUGACCGUAAGGUUCUGCGGCUACAAAUAGUAACACGAAGUAACUUCUUUGUAUUUUUGGUAAUUCUAUAUAUAAGUUUUCCUAUGACUCAGACAAAGGUAUUUGGUUAUUUAUCAAACAGCACCAUCCCUCCUGGUUUUUGUUACGUUCCAGCAGUUUCUGAAAGUGAUAAGAUGUCUGAGAUGACAAAAAUACAUAAACAUCCAAAAAUAAAAAUUAACUUUUAUAACAUUUACACAUCCAAAAGUUGCCUUACACUUGGUGCACAGCUAAACGUCUGUCAGGCUGUGGAAGCUGACUGAGUCUUUGCGUGAUUGACUUUAAGGCCUGAUUGUUGUUACGUAAAGAUCGAUUUCUUUUAAGCUGUGGAAGCUCUCAGGAUGUGAUUACCUCGUGUUUGUUUUGUAUUGCUGUUUUAUCUUGAAAGUUUGGUUCUGAUAUUUUCUUUGCAGGGUUAGAGUUUGACGUUGAGGCUCUUUUACUUUAUUUGUGCUCCUGCAUUUGGGUUCUCCAGCUUCACCUACCUGAUUCUAAUAUCUCAUUAUAAGACAUGAAGACUCACUUUAAGGUGAAAAAUAAAAUUAAUCCAAUCCACUUGU